AUGGCUUUGCCAGUGAAUAUCGGCGAUUUUAUCAAAAUUGGUGAGAUGGCAUGGGCUGUCUAUCGCAAAUGUCGCGACUGCCCAGGCGAAUACAACAACCUGGCCAGCGAAUGUCGGACUCUCAAGAACACGCUCGAAGACCUUGCAGAUGUCCUCAAGAAGCAGAAUCUGGACCACAAGAAGGAAGAAGAGCUUCUGGAACGAGGGCAAGGCUGCAGAGAGGUGUUGACGGACCUCGAAGCGCUCAUCGACAAAUACAACAGCUUGUCUUCGAAGAGCAAGAAGACCUGGGACAGGCUGAACUGGGACCAGCAAGGAGGUCGAGACGUACGCGCGAGGUUGACCUCCAACGUGGCCAUGCUCUGUGCCUUCUACGACAGCCUUAUACACUCGUCUCAACUACGUAUCGAGGAGGCAUUGCAUCAGCUGGCCGCUGACAUACGUGGCGGUCACCGUGAAGCAAGCUCAGUGGUCUCAUGGGCAUCAACGGAGGACGGUGACGAAGAUACUGCAUGGCCACAGAUCAUUCGCGACCUCGAAGAUCUGGGGAUUACAGCAACUAUGGCUGACGAAUACCGCUCGUUCAUACUGGAUUGGUUUAUUAAAGCCAUCAAUGAAGGCAUGUUGCAGGAAAAAGCACCUGAAGGAGAUGAUCAUGACAGCUUAUACGCUUGUUCGACUACGUCCAGAGAUGCUUCCUCCGGUACCGCGGUGAACAGCUGGAGCGAGAGUCUCUUCGAGGCGCCAGCGUUACCCACAAACAAGGUGGCGCGAAAGCCCAUAGCCUCCAACACACCUCCAGCGCCACAAGUGUCCAAUCUCCAGACAGCAUUACGGACUCAAUCAUUGCCACAACCGCAUCCACAUCCCAUACCGCAUCAGGCCAAUGGGGUAGUUCCCACCCCAACCUCUCACCAGACAUCACAUGACCCAAAGCUCACGAAUGCAUUAUCAAGCACAAGCUCCGAAUCAGUCAAGUCGUUAGAGAAAUCCAACAUUAUUUGGACAGCCCAGCUGAUUGUGCGCCACUGGAACAACCGACAGUGGGGCAAGGCCGAGAGUUAUCUGCAACAGCAAAUCGAGGCUGUGGAAGCUGGAGAAUUCAUCGAUGUAAAAGGUAUCUCCUGCCAGCCUGAUAUCAGAGUACUCCGCCACCUUCUUGGCGUAUGCGUCAGUUAUCAGGGAGAGUUUUACAAGGCGAAGAAACUUUUCGAAUCAGUACAAAGAGGGCCUUACGUCAAUGGCGAAAGCCUUGAUGAUGGUGAUCUCGCAGCAGCCCGCUGGCUUGGCGACACCUGUCUCUUCCUCAAUGAACCCGAGAACGCCGCUCUCGCCUGGGCUAUCGCUCUAGAUGGCUAUACAUCCAAGAUUGGGAUCACACAGGAGCCGACUCCUCACGUGCUAUCAGAGCUGCAGAGCCUACACAUUUGCUUGAAGGGCCUGGCAACGCUACACAAUUCUUUCAGCAGAUACAACCGGGACGCGUCGACCAUAUUCGCUACCACUUCCGACAGGGCUAAGGCUAAUCUGGUUGUGUCGACGCUUGAGCGGUUUAGGCAUGGCUAUGCUCCUCCCUUUAGGCACAAGCGACCAGUUAUCAGUAUCCAGGUCGCGGAAGGUUUUCUGGAACAGCGGCUCAUCGCACAAGCUUCUUGGCCCAUCAAGUGGGAUCCUCUCUUCAACGCCAUAGAGUCUAUCAAGCUUCACCAAAGAUUCAUUCAGGCUCAGAACCCAGCCUACAGACUAACAUUAAAAAAUCUUCCAACAGUUGGCCUUGGCCAAUCAAGAAAGCUGAAUUACAGCACCAGGAAAGAUGCGGCCUGGUUAGCCGAAACUUUGAAAAGAGGACUUGAGCUGCACGGAAUAGAGUACGGAGAGAACAUCAACCUGUUGCUCUGCCGUCUGUAUCAGAAUUAUGAGGGGAUUGCUUUCUCUGAAACUAUCGACAUCAAGAUUCGCAAGCUUCCUCUCCGAUCCGUCUACGGUGUUCAGGUGACCGAGCCGAUGCACCAGACAAGAAGUAUAGAAAGCAAUCAGCCGAACUCGACUAAGGAGUAUACCAGGAGUAUCCAAGUGCGCAACGAAUUCGUGAAGUUCAUCAAAAAUAUUCUUGCGGACGCAGAGGGGGACGUCACGGCUCAGCAGCAGCUAGGGCAGGACGCAGCGGCAAGGGAAACCCCACAGCUAGGCGCGCAAGCAGCGGGCUCAGCCCCGAUGACCUACGGACAUCAGUUCCACGUGUUGAACGCCUCGCCUCCACCGCAUACAUAUCCACCUGCUACACCCAUCAUGAAUGCUUCACCGGCACCGCUGAUGCCAUCAGUGCCACCGCCCCCGGUGCCCAUGCAGCACGCGCAGACAGUGGGGCAUGUGCAGCAGCCCAUGGGCGGCUAUGGGGUUGACGCAAAAUCCCCUCAUAGCGACCAGAUCAACUAUCAACAAGCCCACGGAUACUACGGUAAAGUUUGA